UUUUCUCGUCUUUUCAGGGUCAGACCUCCUGUCCAGCAGAAGGCGAUGUUAACCACAUGUACCGAACAGUAAAAUUGGGGGAAUCUGCGGAAACUGCAGUCCAACCCACGUAAUAGUGAGCUCUGCGAUUAAAAAAAAACAAACAAAAAAACAGCCGACAUACAAUGUAUAUCUUCUGAUGUCCCACACAAUGCGUUAACGGCUAGGUAAUAAGCUUUUCCAGAAAGUUGGGUCGCACUUAUUGUAUCCACUGCGGUAUCCGGCGGAUUUCAUUGCAUAGAAAUAGACGAACAAGAACAGAUUGCACCCUGCCUCUCAAUGAAAGCCCCAACUAUCUGUCUGUAUAUUUAUGUGGGACUACUCGAACCUUUCAUCGGGGUCAACAGGCAUCAAAACGUUUUGAGGAAGCAGUAAAAAGGGGCAGGGGAGUCGACAUUGUUGUUGUUGUCACUCGCACUGUGUCCACUCGGAGUGUUCUCUCGUCGUAGGUUGAAGCCUCUUCACCGGCGGAUGAAUGGCCCUGACGGCAGCGAGAGCGGCGGCGGCGGCGGCGGCGGGGGGCCCGGCGUCUUUGUCCCGGUUUAGGGGAGCGCUGGUCGCGGCUGUGCUGGGGGACUGCGUCGGCGGAGAGUUUGAAGGAGCGGAGGAGGUUCCCAUGGAGAGCGUGCUGCAGCACCUGAACAGCCUGGAUGACGAGACUAAAGGAAACGGCAUUCUUGAGUACAGUGAUGACACGGCAAUGGCACGUUGUGUCGUCCAGUCUCUACUCACCCGUGCCGGCUUUGAUGAGCAGGACAUGGCUCGCAGGUUUGCCAAGGAAUACAGUGCAUCCCCUGGUCGUGGUUAUGGUUCUGGAGUGAUCCAGGUGCUGAAGAAGCUGUCGUCCCCCCACCUCAGUGACGUGUACCAGCCAGCCAGGGACCAGUUUAAUGGUCGGGGCUCCUUUGGGAAUGGGGGGGCCAUGAGGGCGGCUCCCUUUGCACUGGCUUUUCCUGACCUGGCUGAUGUUAAAAGGUUUGCCCGUCUGGGCGCCAAGCUGACCCACUCCUGCUCUCUGGGUUAUAACGGAGCAGUGCUGCAGGCAUUAGCUGUGCACCUCUCCCUCCAGGGGGCACUAGACUUACCUCAGCAGUUCAUCAGCAGGCUAAUCACAGAGAUGGAGGAAGUGGAGGGCGAUGAGGCGGCACGCAAUGAUGCCAGAAUCCUAAAGGAAGCAGAGAAGCCAUUCUGUGAGCGCCUCCACAGAGUGAAAGACCUGAUGGACAGGAGCAAGGUCAGCAUAGAGGAGGUCAUCUCUGAACUGGGUAAUGGAAUUGCGGCGCUCCACUCAGUCCCCACUGCCAUCUUCUGUGUCGUCCACUGCCUGCAGCCUCGGGAAUGCCUUCCAGAGAACUACGGCGGCCUGGAGAGGACAAUAGCGUACAGCCUGGCCCUGGGAGGGGACACAGACACCAUAGCCUGCAUGGCAGGGUCCAUCGCUGGGGCCCACUACGGCAUCGAGGCCGUUCCACAGUCAUGGAUGAGGUGCUGUGAGGGGGCAGAGGAUGCAGACAUCAACGCGGAGCGGCUUCACAUGCUAUAUCACCAGUCGUCACAGGGGGGCGGGAGUGGGACAGGGGAGCAGAGCUGUGAAAUCAGAUCUGAAAACAAGUCAAACACUUCUAAUGGUACAGAGAAGAAAAAUGAAGCAGAGUGAAGCUUUAAAUGGAUUUCGACAAAAGGACUCUCACUCACAGACACAUUAAACGUAAACAAGGAACACUUUGACAUUUUCCAUUACAGAUUUUUUUGGUUGGAAAAACCUUUUUGGAUCCAGCAGGUAUUGCGACCUGUAACCUUACAUGGAAAAACUACUUGUUUCAAAAAAUGUCUGCAAACCAUUUGUCAAGAAACAGAAUAUUAAAUCUGAACAAACAAAAACUCUAAGAAGUCAAAUCUUUAUUUUGAAAAUGUGACACUUUUACAUGUGGCUUACACAAUGGAUAAACAAUUUUGAAUUCCAGUCAUAUGGAAAUUUGGUCUGUAAAAGCAUACACAGUACAGUAUACAUAAUCUUCCUUCCCUGCUCUUUCCUAUUUUGUGUUGAACAAUCUUUUGUCAUGUGAAAUCUGCACUAUGAAUAGGCCAUGUCUUGUUUUAUCCUCUUGGUGGAUACGAGUUAUUUAAUAAACUUUUUUUUUUUUAAUUCA